AUGUCGCCGCCGCCCACCGCCGCCGACGCACAGGCACAGCACCAUCAGCAGCAGGCAAGGCAACGCAGGAGGAUCAGGCGCCUGCCCGUGCUGCUCCGGAGGCUCUUCUCCAAGGUGCUCCGGCUGCGGCUGUUCCCAGCCACCGGGGCGCGGGGCGCGCGCUACCGGACGGGCGACGACGGAACGGGGUCGCCCUGUUCCGGCGCGCUCACGUCCAUCCCGGAGGAGCAGAGCUCCAGCAGCCCUGAGAUGGCGGAGUCCCCGCCGGUUGAGCCCGCCCAGAGCAAGCUGCGGAAGACGCAAUCGGAGCGCUUCAUCGGCAGCAAGACGGCGUCGUCCAUGGUGCAAUUCGAGGUCGUCUUGUAG